AUGAGUUUCUGUUGUAAUGACGUAAGGGUCACCGUGCGAGGUUUUUGCGAGGCCACCAAGAGGAUUGCGGAGUUCAAGAAGCUUCAACAAGAGCGUGAUCGACGACGUCGUGAAGCAGGUCCAACGACUCAAGCAUCGUCGAGCGGUGCUGUGACUGGAAGCUCCGUACUACCGCGAUCGACCGCGGUCACGCCUGAAGGACGAGAGGCCGCUGCGGUUACCGUUGCUGUACCCGUAUUUCUUAAGCCAGCGUGUAGCCACGCCGCUAUCGAGAAGCUUCAAGACUCCAAGCCAUCACCGCCGUUGUUGAAGUCGCUAGACGCCUCGCCUGCCGAUGUCGUUGAUGCUGCUGCGGCACCGCAUGGGCUUGGGGAAUUCAAAGAAGAAGCUAUCAAUACCCCUGCGGCACGUAAUAAAGAUUCAGCUCCUUCUAACUUUCCUUUCGCUAUAGAUAUAUCUUUGCAUCCAUAUAUUUUGAUUGAGCUGGUGGUACGUGAGGAUGAAUGA